AAACGUCCCGUCACAAGCGACUCCCUACACUCUCUACUAUCUCAAGAAUAUUCACGGGGAAAGCGAUGCCAUCAAAAUUUAACAUCUUUAGGACUUGUAUUUACGGCGUAGUCUUUAUUUGGACAGUGAUCUGCCUGGCUAUUGCAGCUCACUUCCAGAGUCUACUGGUCAUCACAGAUCUCACUCGUUUCGUUCCUUUCACCAUUUUCGUAUGUAGUGUCAGCAUGCUCAUUCUCAUCAUUUUGCUUGGAUGUAGCAUGGUUCGAACCAGCAAUCCGAUCUCCACGAGAAUCGAACUCGGAUGCCUCGGACUGCUUGGGACUUUCUGGCUUGCUUUGGGUGCCUUCCUAGCAAGCUCUGACUCGGAGAACGCCAACGUAGAAUGCUAUUCAUCCGAUGCAGAGACCUCUCCCAUCGAUGUUCCUGGGUUCUCUACAGAGACAUACCAGGCUCAGUACCGGGUUCUGGAGGCAUUCUCGCUUUUCAAUCUUAUUCUCAUAUUGGCGUUUUUGUUGUUCUUGCUGGCGCUCGCGGUAAAGCAUCAUUUCCGCGUCAACCGCAAUGUGUGGUACAUUGCGGUCACUGAAUACCCGUGGUUUGGAAAGACUAUGUCCAAGUUACCAGCGCCCGUUAGCAGUCGGUCACGAUCAAGAGGCAAGACCUACGAUGAGAAAGCCUCAGCGCCCUGGGAGAAUGAGACAAGACGCGGGGACUCACGUUACCCCGGAUGGUCAGCUCAAGUCCCGGCGCCGGCACGCGCGUCGGACAAGUAUAAGAGGGAUGCGUCACCCAGGCGGUGACCGCUGUAUACGUUUCACAAUUGGGUUUUAUUGGCAUAGACUGUCAUGAUCUGCGUUUACUUGGGAAAACUAAUAAAUACAGUUUGUACUAUAGCACGGGACUGUCAAUAUCAUGAUAUUCUCUUGAA